CCUCCCUCCUGACUCACGAGUCUCUUCUCAAACUUUUUGCUCUUACCGUAUUUCACUCACGCAGUUUAGUUUUUCCCAGCCGAGUCAGCGAGAUUUAAAACCUCAAACUUGGGGAAAUACGAACGAGUGUUACGUUUAUCCUCUGUCAGAAAGCUAGCCUGUAGAGGCCAUUGUUGAGGUUCUGUGUCGAUUGUUGAACAGCUGCUGCGCCCUCAGGUAGCCAAACAGACCCACCAUUCACAAUGAAUAGUAGCCAAACAGACCCACCAUUCACAAUGAAUAGUACAGAUCUGAACUCGACAAUCAUGCUUACCGACAAAACCAUGAUGAGAAAUUCGGCUGUUGAGUCGACGUCAUUUCCGCCGGCAGACACCACCGUCUUUCAGGUGGUAACAACAGUCGCCCCUGCAAGUUCAGACAGUGCACUAAUUGCUGUGGUGAUAGUCAUCAUCCUGCUGACGUUCGCUGUUUUCGCGUUCCUGCUGUACCGGUAUCUGUGCCACAACAAAGGCGACUACAGGACGACGGGGGAGCUGGCCCCAGGAGAGGAUCCCGACGAGGAUUUUGGAAACCAGGCUGCAAGUGAAAAGAAGGAAUACUUUAUAUGAACCUAGAAGAAAAGAGGUGCUAAUGGUAAAAAGAAAGCUAUGGCUGCGGGAUUAUUUUAUUGGAGGCUGCUACUGGCUGUUCACUUUUCAGGGGAAGCAGGGGUGUUGAGAAACUGUCACUGAGUGAAACCAAAGACAGGAGCAGGGGUGUAGCAGCCUUGAAUGUUGAUGGAUGUGAAGCAGCUGAAAGAUAACAGGCAGAAAACUAAAGCUUGCUUUCAAGCAGGUGGUGGGAUUUUAAAUAUGUCUCAGAGUCGGAAACACGCAGCAGCCGCCACAAUCUAAGAAGGAGCCGUUGUUAUUAUUAGAAGCCAUGUUUUAGUUUCUCUCCUGCUCCCAGAGAUUUACCAUACUUCUCUCAAUCUUUAAGGCGUGCUGCUGUUUAAUUUUGUUUUCUCUCUUGAUCUUCUUAUUUUUUAUUAUUUUAAAAGAAAUUAUGACUGCAAAGCUUUUGUUGCACCUGAUCUCGAUAUACUGUUACUGACACUCUUUAUUUUUUACUGUAUGGAAGGCAGUAAAGAUUGUUUUCAA